GAGGAUUAUCAGUUGCCAAUCCACCAAAAGUAUAGGCUAAUAGUACAGCUUGCCCCAGGCUAUAUUCAGGUAGCCGACGCCAAAGUAAUUGAAACUAUCUAUAGGCCGAAGCAGAAUUUUCUAAAGUCCAACUUCUAUCUGCUAUUUAACGCCAAAAUCUCGCCCAGGCCUAAUAAUUUUGCCGUAGUUGAUAAUAAAGUUCACUCAAAGCAAAGACGAGCCGUAGCCCAUAUCUACACCUAA